AAACUCACAAACCGAACUUGCUCGAUCGACUAUUUCCUUUCCACAGCUGAAAAGUGCACAAUCCUCGUGGAAAAAAUUAAAUAUUGAUACAAAUAAAGUACAAAAUUGGCCCGAGGUUUUUUAAAAUUGUUAAUACAGUUGGGAACUAAAUUAUUGUGAAAACUUUGCAAAAAAUGGCAGCCGCAGAAGCACUAACGAAUGCACUCAUCGUUGAAGCCAUUCUAAAACGGGUCCCCGAUCCCGCCGACAUUGUCCAUUUCCGGCUCGUGUCCACCCUCUGGAACGAGGUCAUCCUCUCCUUCCAUUCCCCCCCACGGGUCACCGUCCACCUCAACCGGGCCGUCCCCUGGCGGGUUGCUCAGGGGCCCUUCAUCACCCCCCGCAAAUUGGCCUCCUUUCCCCCAAAACUCCUCAAAUCCGUCGCCCUCACCGCGUACCCCGACGACGACGCCAUCCUCCCCCAAGCGCUCAAUCUCCUCACCCAAAUCGGCCCCCACAUUCACCACCUUUCCGUCCUGGGGGGCGCCUCCGUGGGGAAAUUUGUGCACAAUAUUUUUACAAAUUGCGAAUUCGAAAAGCUCAAAAAUUUGCGUGUCAUCCUCGACGAGAAGAAGGUGCAUGCAUACAAAAGGGGAGACCGCCCCUACGUCACGUGGCCGGAAGUGUACAACCCGGAAAUUAGCGAAAAACCGAAACUCCUAAAAAUUCGGUACAUCGUAGAAUCCAAAUUUCUCCUGGGUUCAAACGUUUCUGAAGAACAGCAGACCUUUCUACGCUUUUUGCUAGCCGUUACCCCAAAUUUGGAAAGUUUACGAGUAAAGGAUGAUUAUUUGUCGAGCAUUCCGGCAAAUUUUGGAAACUUGUCGGAGUUCCGGUUUAAUUGGAAUAUUGGGAAGAAUAAGAGUCCGGAUAUGGUCACGUUGCAAAAUUUGAACGUUUUUCUGGAAACGGUGAAAGUUUCCUUGGAGCGGUUGCAAUUAACGGUGGGAUUUACGGGGUCUCGGAGAUUGUACGAUUUUUCUCAGUUUAGUGAUCAGUUUCAAUUUCCACGGGACGGGAUUCGCAACUUGAAAUGGUUUGAGAACGGGGUCAUGCGGAUUUUCAAGUGUGGAGUGAGGGACUUGGAGAAAAUGGGGAAAUUAAAGCAUUUGGACUUGUGUGAGAUACCGAAUGAGGUUUAUCAAAGGGCGAACGUUUAUGUGGGGAAUAUUUUAAGGAGGGAUAACGCUUGUUGGAGAGGAAUUACGAAUUUGAAGCUGUUUGGGAUCGAGGAUCUGGAGUUGUUGGAGAGGAUUGGUCCAAUGUUCCCGUCUUUGAGGCGACUAAAUAUCAACGUUCGGCUCUGGAUUUUCAAACAAGGCGAAUUGAACGUCUUUCUGAGAAUGAUUUUCGAACGGUUGGCUUCAAUCAAGGCGUUGACCCAUAUUUCCGUGGGGGCCCCCUUUCCCGACAGAUUUUCCAGAUUUAUCGACUUUCUGGAAUAUUUGGCGACAUCUUUUCCAGAUGUGACCGAGGUGCGUAUCGAGCACUGCAUGUGCGAGGGUGGAACUGCGGACCGCGCGUACCAACGGUUUUAUGACCCCGCCGAAGUCGACGCCAUACAAAUGGACCGAUUCCGCAACCUUGUCCCUACUCUUUUAGGGUGUCGGGAAUUAACCGAAUUCACCGGCAUGGAUAUCGCCCAACUUCAAACGGGCCUCGUUUUUCGGAGAGGUUCCCCAUUCCAGAGUGAAUUACCAUGGAAGCAAAAUUAGGGCGGGAAAAUUUAACCCGUUUUUUUAAACCAGGGUUUUUACUAAUUUAUGUGAUAAAUUUUAUACCUCGUUGCAUGCAACUAGCAUGGAUUCCACUUCUACAAAUAUUAUGAACGAUUUUUAGAGAGAGAGAGAGUAGAUAUUUUUAACGAAUUAUUUACGCAAAAUUUCUCAAUCUUAACGUCAAAUUUUCAUAAAACAUUUAUCUAUUAUGUCAAACAUUAUUUAUUAAGUUAGUUAAAUAUCAUGAUUUCUUUCAAUUAGUCUUAAGAUUAUGCGUGUUAAAAAUACGCAUUAAAAAAUUAUAAUGAAAAUCUCAAAGAAGAGAAGUGUUCUCACUUAGAUAUUUAACUUCGCGAAUGUAAUACGAAAUACAUACAUGCUAAAAUUUUUCAUUUUUCAAAGUUUUCAUUGUUAAAUUUUUCACUAUUUAAUAUUUUAGUAAUAAAUUUGAUAAAAAAAAAAUAAUAAUAAUUUUAGGCAUACCCGAUACAAAUCAUAAUCAUAGUUUAAGUUCUUUUUUUUAGUUAGUAGUAGUAUAGUAUAGUAUAGUAUUUAUUGAUAUAUGGCCAGCAGCCCUCAUCAACAUUAAAUAUUACAGAGUUAGAUAUGUAAAUGUGAAUGUAAUGUAGAGAGUAGUCAGAGGAAUAGUGGGAAAACCUAGCUAGGAUGGAGAGCUAGGAAAACCACUAUCACCUCUGAGAAUGUGGCCCAGAGGUCCAUUCGGCUCUGACUACAGAGACACCCAGGCAGGACAAAUGAGUGAUAGAGAUCAUAGGUAGAUCUCACGGGAGAGUGGUGAUAUCCAAAUGAGGACGGCACCGUGAAGGCGGAAGCAAGACGAAUGAAGGUUGUUGGGCGGGGCGUCCACGGACCACAAAAUACCCUAGCGCCCUUUCGGGCUCGGGCUAAGUGUCCCCAUAUGGCCUCAGCCGGGGCCGAUCGACACUACCCACUUGCCCCUUCAUCCCUUACAGCACAACCGGGUCAUGGGACCCCCGUAGCCCCGACUACGCUGCCCACCGCCAUGCACGACCCCGCUCCCACUCUUCCACCAACCACCCCCCAUGGUCACCACCCCGACAUAUCAAACAAUGACCUACCUGGGGGAGUCCUCCUGGCGUAGAUCCUCCCGUGCACUGAGUCCGGCGAGAUCCGUCUUCGCCUGAUGGCUCAGCUUGUCGUUGCUGGGACGGGUGUGGCAGGGGGUGUUACCAGGCACGCAGGUGGGGGGUGUGAGUGGACGAGGCUCACAUGGCGAAAUGGCCUUGGGACACACUUUACUAGCCCUGGCACACCCGCGACCCAGAUGGAAGAGGAUCCAGUUGCAGAGCGAGAGAGAGACACGCCGUGCACGGUUGGAUGCCAAAGAGGAACUCCUCUUUUUUUUAGUUAUGUGAUUGGUUUUGUAUUCUCAUUAUUAUAAAUUGAAUAAGAAGGUUGAAAUACCUAUGUUUAAAAUUUUAAAAAAAUUA